AUGCAGGCCAUAUUUGACACUCUCUUUAGCCUCCUCCCUUAUCAUCUCCUCGCAUAUGGCGCUCUCCUAGGAACUGGGCUUUUCCAGCGCUUUGUCGAUCCAAUAUGUCACCGCACCCUCAUAUUCGGCGAAUUCAACUAUUACCAGUGCCAGCUUGGGCUGGCAAUCUUGACCGCGGCCACUCGGCCUCCUUAUAGUAUCUUUUCCUUCGCCACGAACCCAUGGAGUGCGGCGCCCUUGGCGAUUGUCCUUGUCGCCGGGUCUUUGAACUGGGCUGUCUUCGGCCCUUGCAUCUCGAGAGCCGAUAUUGACCGCCAGACGUUGCGAGAGCAAGGGUCAGAUGCAAAAAGUACUGGCACUGCGGCGUUGGGUCUUUUCAGACAGACCAAUCAGGAUUCCGGCGAAGACUACGCCUCGUCGGUGCGCCUGAACACUCUCGCGCUGAUUGCGACGGUGUGGUAUGCUUUUUCGUUGGCUUCGAGUAUUAUUCAAGGGGAGUUGCCUUUCCAAACGGGCAAUCUUCGUGUGUGA